GACGCCCCCUGAGCAGGACGUCACGCCAGCGUCACGCUACCGGCCGCGAGUCACAGCGCCGCGCGCUCUAGUCCGCACGGCGGCCACGUCGCGAGUGAAUACCUUGGAUUACAGUGAUGUGUGCUAGUGAGUGCUAGUGUUGUGAAAGAGUGCCAGUGCCAGCUAAAUGUGCCACCCCGACCGGGGCAGGCGUCAGCCAACGACAUGGUGGCGGUGCACUCGUCUUGUGAGACAGAGAGGGACGGUGGUCGUCCCGGCCGGCACAAGCCCUUGCCGCGAUCCGGCAAGGACCCCGUCAAGGAAGCCGCGCAGCCCAAGGACCACGCCUCGGAUCUGUUUAUAAGGACGAGCUACUCGGAUGCAGCCAUCGGGUUGGCGCAGCUCGACAAGGGCAAGGCUGGCGGCCGGCGGGGCGCCCUGUGGCUGCGCGCCAAGCUGCAGUCGCACUUGUUCACGUUGGGCAGCUCGCUGCAGCGCCACGCGGGCAAGGUGCUGUUCGUCGCCAUCCUGGUGCUGUCCACCUUCUGCGUGGCGCUCAAGUCCGCCUCGGUGCACUCCCGCGUCGACCAGCUCUGGGUGCAAGAGGGCGGCCGCCUGGAGAGAGAGCUGCGCUACUCGGCCGCGGCGCUGGGCGAGCAGAACGGCGCCACCCACCAGCUGGUCAUCCAGACCCCCAAGGACCAGGGCGCCUCCAUCCUGCACCCCAAGGCCCUGCAGGCCCACCUCAAGGUGCUGCAGGCCGCAACGCAGGUCACGGUGCACCUGUUUGACAUCACCUGGCGGCUCAAGGACAUGUGCUACGCGCCCAGCGUGCCCAAGUUCGAGGAGCACUACAUCGACCAGAUCUUCGACGGCAUCAUCCCCUGCGCCAUCGUGACGCCCCUGGACUGCUUCUGGGAGGGCUCCAAGCUGCUGGGGCCCGACUUCCCGGUCGUGAUCCCCGGCCUGGGCACCAAGGUGCGCUGGACCAACCUCAACCCGCUCAAGCUCGUCGAGGACAUGAAGCAGUUCUACUUCAACUUCGCCUUCUCCACGCUCGAGGACUACAUGAAGAGGGCCGGUAUCUCUACCGGGUACCAGGAGAAGCCCUGCCUCGACCCCUCCGACCCCGAGUGCCCCGCCACGGCCCCCAACAAGCGCUCCGGCAUGGCCCCGGACAUCGGCGGCGAGCUGACGGGCGGCUGCUACGGCUUCGCGGCCAACUACAUGCACUGGCCGGAGGACCUGGUGGUGGGCGGCGCCAAGAAGAACAAGACGGGGCACAUCCAGCGCGCCAAGGCCCUGCAGACCGUGAUCCAGCUCAUGGGGGAGCGCGAGCUGUUCGAGUACUGGAGCAAGACCUACAAGGUGCACCACGUGGACUGGACGCAGGAGAAGGCCGCCGUGGUCCUGGACGCUUGGCAGCGCCGCUUCUCGGACGAGGUCCGCAAGGCCAUGAAGAAGGACCUGCGCGACCUUGGCGUGCCCUCGCCCUACAACGUGUUCGCCUUCUCCACGGCCACCCUCAACGACAUCCUGGGCCAGUUCUCGGAGCUGAACCUGGUCAAGAUCGCCAUCGGUUACGUGCUCAUGCUGGUUUAUGCGGGAGUGUCGCUGCUGAGGUGGCAGGACCCAGUGAGGUCACAAGCUGGUGUCGGCAUCGCUGGAGUCAUCCUGGUGUCCAUUACAGUCGCAGCAGGCCUGGGCUUUUGCGCACUCCUGGGUAUCGCUUUCAACGCCUCGACCACUCAAAUAGUACCGUUCCUGGCUCUUGGCCUGGGAGUGGAUGACAUGUUCCUAAUCACAUCCUCCUAUGCUGAGCAAGAUUUAUCCGAUGUGAAACCUCAUGACCGCACAGGCACUGUACUGAAACGCACUGGUUUGAGUGUUCUCCUCACAUCACUCAGCAUCAUGUGUGCCUUGUUCGCUGCUGCCAUCAUCCCCAUCCCUGCCCUGCGAGUGUUCUCCUUGCAAGCAGCAGUGCUGGUCCUGUUCAACUUGGGUGCUAUGCUGCUGGUUUUUCCUGCCAUUGUCAGCCUGGACUUGCGGAGGCGAGCUUCUAAACGAGCUGACUUGCUAUGCUGCGCUAUGCCUAGCCCCAAUGACGCAGAGGAUGAAGAAAACCUUUGGCCCUGCUUUGCUGUGACCGUGCCUCCUCGACCACAGUACCAACAUGCCAGGCUUACCCACACCCAGCAGCCUCGCAAGGUGCAUACGAGAGCCUUACCUGCUGGCCGUCAACAUUCAGCAGCAGAGACUGCAAAGCCAGCAUCGCAGCAAGAAUGCUGGGUUGGGUCUCAAAAUGAUUGCGUUGAUGUCGAGAAAGGGGAGACUGACAGUUUGCAAGGCCAAGAAUGCCAGCCAUCAGACUGCUGGUCGCUGUCACUGACAGGCGUAGCGUCCAAAUACUAUGCACCUUUCAUCACUCGGGCUUCCAUCAAGGCCUUUGGAAUGAUUGGCUUCUGCAUCGUGCUUGCUGCCAGCUUGUGGGGAGCGAUGAAGGUCAACGAUGGGCUGGAAUUGACUGACAUUGUCCCGCAGAACACAGAUGAGCAUGCAUUUUUGUCGGCUCAGGGCCGGUACUUUGGUUUCUAUUCCAUGCACGCUGUUACUAUGGGUGACUUUGAAUACCCAACAAAUCAAAAAUUGUUGUUUGAAUACCAUGACGCUUACAUGAGGAUUCCUGCUGUCAUAAAAAAUGAUGAUGGUGGUUUACCUGACUUCUGGUUGAACAUGUUCAGAGACUGGCUAAUGGGUCUCCAGAAAGCUUUUGACCGAGACUGGUCCCGUGGAAGCAUCACUCAAGAAAGGUGGUUUUCGAAUGCCUCUGAUGAAGGUAUUCUGGCCUAUAAACUCCUAGUCCAGACAGGUCACGUGGACAAUCCUAUUGACAAGAGCCUAGUGACACAAGUGAGGCUUGUUGAUGCUGAUGGCAUGAUAAAUGCCAAGGCCUUCUACAACUACCUCAGUGCAUGGGCAUCAAAUGAUGCUUUGGCAUACGGUGCCAGUCAAGCUAAUUUGCGGCCUGAGCCAAGACAGUGGUUCCAUGCCGCUGAUGACUAUGAACUGAAGAUCCCUAAGUCAGCACCAUUAGUGUAUGCCCAGAUGCCAUUCUACUUGCAUGGCCUGGGUGACACCGAAAGCAUCACUAAACUCAUUGGCCAAGUGAGAACUUUGUGUGAAAGAUUUGAAGAGAGGGGGUUGCCAAAUUUCCCAUCAGGAAUCCCAUUCCUGUUUUGGGAGCAGUACAUUGGACUACGCUGGGCAUUAGGACUUGCCCUUGCAAGUGCUCUUGGUGCUGUGUUUGUGGUACUUUCCAUCCUGCUGCUCAACUUAUGGGCAGCAGUUUUGGUCAGCAUCACUUUGGCUGGAAUGGUGCUGCAACUGCUUGGAUUGAUGGGAAUACUCGGAGUCAAACUCAGCGCAGUUCCUGCUGUCCUGCUCAUCGUGGCGGUGGGAAUGGGUGUGCAUUUCAGCGUUCACAUUUGUUUGGGCUUUGUCACAAGCAUCGGGGGACGUGACAGACGCACAAGGCUGGCCAUAGAGCAAAUGUUUGCUCCGGUGGUCCAUGGAGCCUUAACAACACUCUUAGCAGUGUCCAUGUUGGCGUUUUCAGAAUUUGACUUCAUUGUAAGAUAUUUCUUCUAUGUGCUCUUGGCACUGAUCGCCGUGGGGUUAAUCAAUGGUCUAGUCUUCUUCCCAAUUUUAUUAUCCCUGAUUGGCCCUGCUGCUGAAGUUGUUCCAUACGAGUUCCCAGAUAGAAUCUCAACGCCAUCACCUGAGCCCUCUCCAGUCCAAGUGCGAGCAGGGUCUUGCCGUGUAGGAAGAGCUCCUCCUUCUCAUUCCUCGAGAAGAAGUCGAGAAGCAUGCAGCAGAAUCCAUGCAGAGCCUUCCCUCACGACUAUCACAGAAGAGCCAGGCUCUUGUCAUUCUGCUCAUGAGACCAUUGUUAUGCAGCCAGAGCUAGUUCUUGAAACCACAACAACCACCACUCAUAACAAUGGCAAUGGAGGCAGUGGUAGUGAAACAAACUCAUCAGCUAGGUCAAGUCCUGCACCUGGCUACCAGGUUACCAAAGUAACAACAACUGCUAAAGUUAAAGUGGAAUUACACACUCCUCUAACAAGUUCAGUUGAACGUUGUGAAUCAAGAAGAUCAUCUAGAAGUCGAUAUAGCAGAUCAGAAUCCCGCUCUGGUUCCAGCUCAGGCUCAGGAUCUGACUCCUGUGAUGGGUCUGGUCGACUUUCAUAGUAUUAUAGGUGUAUUUGUUUUAAUAAGCAAACUUUUAUGCCAUUUAUUCUCUGUAAUAGGAUAGUGAAUUAAUGGCUUUAAUUAAUUUUGAUCUGUACCUGUCAAUUACAUUUUAAAAAUCUUUGUUACUUAUUUGUGUAGGAAGUUGUUUGCAGCAAUAAGCCCUUCAAAUGUGAUAACAGAUGCACAGUUAGGUUUUAAUUUUUGAGGGGGGAAGUGGGAGGGGGAGGGGAGGGAAAGCUGAAGCAAGGAAAUAAAUUAUGUUUGGCCACUCAGAAGAAGGCAACUUUAUCUGUGUCUCAAAUCAUGUGUUAAUCGAAGUCAUUGUAUUUGCACAUAAAUGUGCUCUGAGCAUAAUAAGUACCAUGACACAAAAUGUCUAGUCACUGGGCUGUAUUUUGACUGUGAAGAACUGUACUUAAUAAGCCCAGUGCUUGUAGCCAGAGCUGCAGCUUGGACUAUUGGGGAUUAUUUAAUGCGGGUUAUUAGUGACAAUGGAUUCAAGUCCUGCAUUUAUGUAGUCAAUAUGUUUGCCUGUAGUUAUGCUAAUAGAUAAGGCAAGACGGUUGUGCUCUUAUAAUCAUGUGAAAUGGGACAGACUUGUAACCCUUGAAAAGACUUUUUGAUUUUAGUGGCUUUUUGUUUUGCAAAGACUUGCUUUGCGGUUGAUUUUCGACAAGAGUCAAUACAGUCAUAUGAUUGUACUGUCGAACCUGAACCAGCUACUUAAUAGACACCAGUUACCGGUAGUUUCUUUAUGUUUUAAAGCUUUCAAUAUUCAAGAUAAUUAUAUAUUUAUACAUAUGGUAUUUUCUGUACAUAUAUUUAUAUAGUGUAUACAUCUUUAAGUCAAUGAAAUUAUUCAAUUGUAAUGUAAAACAUAUAAGUUAUUUUUGUUUUAAAUAAUGAUACUAGUUCUGUAAAUGUGUAUUGAUGUACGAACUGUACCCAGUGUAUACAAGCAAAGAAAGAACUGAUUGUUGUGUCUAUAUGUGUGUAAAAUUUGUUUCAAAUAUGUUGAUAAAUCAUAAUUUUGCAAUUGGUGCAGUUUCUAAUGGUGUGCAUGAAGCUUGUUACAUUGUAAAAGACAUUAUGACUAAUUUAUCAUUGACUGUAUAAUUCUUACUUGUUAAAAUGUUGUCUAUAACAAUUGUGCCAAAGAUUGUGUUUUCAUUUUAUGUUGAUUCAUGUACAUCUAACAGCUGACUCGUUUUAUUUAUUUUUGAAUGGUUGAGGACACAGAUAUCCUACAUGUCUGGGUUUCAGUUUAUAAUUUGUAUUUUUUAUGAUUUUAUGGAACUAGUCGAACAGGCAAAAGAGUUAGAAAUCACUGUCAAAAUCCUCUAAUAGAAUCAUCAAUUCAAUCAUUGUACAAAGAACAUAGACUUCACUGCAGAAAUGCAAAUUGUAAUUUUAAAAUAUAUUGUAAAUAUGAAAUGUACUGUGAAAUAAAUUUGAAAGUCGGUAAUUAA